GUCCAAAGAUCAUCAAAAGUCUAUUAACUAAAUGAACUUCACUCUUUUUAUGACAACUUCUGCUAUGCACCACAUUCCUGUGCUGAACCAGCUCAAUAAUCAUUUUGAUAUUACGAUUUAAGAAGCAACAACGAGCCACAAUGUUAAGGUUUUCUCUUCUGAUCUGCUUGUCAGUGCUGUUGUAUAGCAGCUCCGCAAGCCCAUAUAAAUCAUGGGGAAAGGAAUAUGAUACAGCACUUCAAGAAACAAGGUUGUCUGAUGAAUUUAAUGAGAAGAUGACAUUUGGACUGAAAGAAGUUGAACCGCUGGAAGACCUGGAUCUGACUGAUGCUGACAUUGACCCCGGCAUGUUAAUAUGGAAAGCUGUCAAACAACUUCGCCAGCAGAAAUACGACAAGCCCGAAGAGGACAAAGACAUGGUCUACCAUCCAUCUGAGCUCAGAGCUGGCAAGUUAGACAAGGACAUCCAGCUACAGUCGUACGUCAAGGCCCGGCUGUAUGAGGAGCCUGAGCAGGAUAUGGAUGAGCUGUACCAUGCUGAGCCUGAGAAGCUUGUUGGAGAGCUGUUCCAGGAUAAGGAGCUAAUUCAAACAGGUACUCAAGACAAGGCUGAAGAAGCAAAACUAUCUGAAAAGCUCAUGUACAUGAGCCCAGAAGAGGACAAAGAUGACCUGUACCAUGGACACAUUCCAUCAGGGUCUGAAUGA